AUGGGCUUCGCCGCGCUGCUUACCUGCGGUCACGCCGUCCCGACGCAGCGCCACGGGACCUCAUUCAAACAUCACAAGGCUGCCCAGGCGAUAUACCUCCUUACCAACGACGCGAGCAACGCUGUUGCGGCGGUACCCAUUGGCGCAGACGGGAUGCUGUCUGUGGGAAGUCUCACGCCUACUGGAGAUAAGGGAGGAAACUCCAUCAACGCCGCCAGUGGCGAGCCCGCCGCUCCUGACGCUCUGUUUUCACAGUCGAGCCUGACGGUCGCUGGAAACUACAUCUUUGCCGUCAACGCCGGCAGCAACACAUUGUCAAUGUUGUCCAUCAACCCUAGACGUCCAACAGAGCUCACCAUGAUCGGUCAGCCUGUCGGCCUCCCGGGUGACUUCCCCGUCACUGUUGCCGCUUCGGCGAAGCACGGGCUGGUCUGCGUUGGCAGCACUGGAACUGCAAAUGGCGUUUCCUGCUCCUCUUUCUCCCACAAGGGGCUCGGGGCAAUGGACGUGUUGCGUUCCUUUGAUCUCAACCAGACGAAUCCCCCAAGCGGGCCACCGAACACGGUCUCGCAAGUGUUUUUCUCUGAGGAUGAAUCUCGUCUCUUUGCGACCGUCAAGGGAGACCCUGGCGUAGAGAAACCGGGCUUUUUCUCAGUGUUUGCUGUCGAGGAAGGUCGAAAGUGGCACGGCACUUCCAAGCUGUCGACGGAAGAGACUCGCAGCUCGCCAGAAGGGAUGCUCGUGUUGUUCGGCUCACAGGAUAUCCCUGGCACAUCGAACGUGAUUGUCACGGACGCAUCGUUCGGAGCAGCUGUGGUGGCCGUCGACCCUUUCACAAACACGGCCUCAACUGUGGCGAGACAAGAAGUUGUCGGCCAGGCCGCCACUUGCUGGGUGACCAUAUCAUCUGCGACGGACACUGCUUUCGUCGCCGAUGUCGGUGUCAAUCGGCUUGUUGAGAUGAGCUUGACGGAUGCCAGUAUCGUGUCUACUCUCGACCUGUCCAGUAACGGAGACCCCGGGCUUGUUGAUCUGACGGCGGCCCGGAACUUCAUCUAUGCUCUGUCACCAGGAAAUGGGACGACAACGGCGGCAGUCACGGUCGUGGAUGUGUCUGGUGGACCAGGAUCGGCGAAACAAGUCCAACAUUUCGACUUGAGUGGCAUGGGUGUGGGUAAGAAUGCCCAAGGCAUGGUUGUUUUUUGA